GCUUCGCGGAUUCCUACCUCCGACAAUCCACUGUUUCUCGCGCCCCCGGAUGUGCACCACCAGUUUACCUGCGCGAUUCAGAGUCAUCAGCAUGCCGAUGUUGAUCAAGCUGCGCUGCUUCUUGUCGAGACCUGGUCAUGUCCAUGCGUGUCCCCAACACCAUUCGGUCACGAGCUCUUGACCGGCUCGACAUCUCUUCUUGGACCUCUUCAAUUACUGUCUUCGUACACGCUCUAUCAUGCGGUCACUUUACUCUUCUAGAACCUCAGUUCGUCAAACCUUCGCCUCUCGAGGCGCGUAGAACAGUUCGGUGUUUAGCCCCCCUCAUUCAGCAUAGAGACAGUGGCGUGGACAAAUUAACCCGCAUCUUGCUCGAUCUUAGCCUAAGACGAGAUCUUGGACGAUAUCCACUGCCAAUCCAAAAGCACACUGAAAACAGACGACCUAUCAUAACGGAGCCAGAUAUUAUAAAGAACGUUGCCAAAGGUGGCUUAGCACCAGAUGAUAUCGACUACGUCAUCUACUCGCAUGUACAUUGGGAUCAUGUAGGCGAACCGCGCGACUUCCAACUCUCAACCUUCGUUGUCGGCCAUGGGCCACUCACGCUGCUAGCUGCUACAUCUCCUAAGUUUCGCGGGGGUCACUCUGUCUUCGAACCUGAUCUAUUACCGGAAGAACGGAGUAUCGAGUUAUCUGAUCCAUCUAGCGACAGUCUCAGGAACCAAGAUUCCGCCGUAGCACCAGGAACAUUGAACUUCAACGCCCCAUGGCGCCCACACGGCUCUAUCCCACAAACUAUCGACCUCUUCAACGACGAUAACCAUCAGAUCUACCCAGACGAUGAUGCAUGCCAUGAUCGACGAUUUCUGACUGGAGAAAAAGAAACCGAUGAAUGGACUGACGCUGAGGGUCAUGUUUGCUGUAUACAUGCCAAUCGCGAACAAGCUGAGGAGACUAUCGGGAGAAUUAGGGUGCUGGAGAAAGAGAGUAUUGGGGUUAUUUUUGCGCAUGAUUUUGAGUGGGAAGAUGAGUCGAGGAAUAGGUCAAAAUUCUUCGGUGUUGAGUGA